AUGCGCAAGGAUAUACCUUGGCUCACCCACAUGUCGACUCCGAAAUCCAUGCCUCGCGACAACGGAAAUGGCGACGCUGACGGGCUAGGCACCCCCGUCGCCGAACCUCCCUACAAUGCGCCUCCCACCUACGCCGCUUUCUCAUCGUCGAACCUGUCCAAUGCCGCGACGGCAGCUAAGCGACGCUCUACCAUCCUCGUACACCAGAAGUCGCCACUGCUUCUUGCCACACCCCCCCAAAUCACGCGCGCUCUCGCCUACAGUCACCCGUUUCUCCUGCCUUUGAACAAGCUCUCGGGCUUGUUGAGCUGGACGACGGGCGAUCCGUGGGAGAGCUUCCUGCUGUUGGUACUGUUCUGGGCGGUCGUGCAGUACGGCGACGUGGUGAUGCGCUGGGCCGGACCUAUUGCGGUUGUGCUGGGUAUUAUCGGCGGCAUGUACGGUCGGCGAUACAGCCCGCUUUCCAGCAGUGGAUGGGCCGACCAUCCUAGCUGGGCUACAACCAAGGAUAAGAAGAAGAACGCCCCUGGCGCCGCAAGUAGUGGCACGGGAGGUGCGCACCAGACGAAUACGAGCGAGGUGACCAGCACGCGCCAUCAGAAGACGUUGGACGAGAUUGUCGAUACGCUUAAGGUGUUUACGACGCGAUGCAACAUCCUGUUGGAGCCCCUGCUGGAAAUGACAGAUUUUUUGUCUACACAGCGGACUGCUACGAGUGCCACUACGAGACCGGCCCUCACCACUCUGUUUGUAAGGAUUUUGGCGGUAACGCCUAUCUGGUUUGUGCUGACGUUGCCGCCAUUGCGUAUCAUUACUACCAAGCGCGUAGUCAUGCUCUUCGGGACGCUCGUAUUAUCGUGGCAUUCGAGGAUUUGUCAAGUGUCUCGCACGCUGCUAUGGCGUAGUGCGACGAUACGCGAGAUCGCCAGAUGGGUCACCGGGCUCGAAUUUGAGGGGCCUAAGAAGCCAACCGCUGGAGCUGGAAACAAAGACGAGGUGGAAGGAAAGGGGAGAGCGACGGCAGAUAAAAAGAAUAAAACAUCCCAGGUAUCCGCCUUGACAACUGCCCUUAAGCGGAGCAGAUCUGGCAAGGAAUCCGGUGUCAGGUUCACGUUUAUAAUCUACGAGAACCAGCGUAGGUGGGUGGGUCUCGGUUGGACGAAUAGUCUGUUUGCGUACGAGCGUUCGGCUUGGACGGAUGAACACAAUAAUGCGGUUCCACCAAGGGACCAGUUCGAAUUACCCGAGGUGGAAGAUGGUCAUGCUAAGUGGCGAUGGGUUAAAGGGAGCAAGUGGCGCGUCGAUGGUGUGGGCGACGUGCAGGAUGAAAAUGAGUACGAGGGCGAAUCAGGAAAAACGGGAUGGAUCUUCUAUGAUAACAAGUGGCAGAACGGCCGCCGAGGCCAGGAUGGCUGGGGACGCUGGACGCGUAGAAGGAAGUGGUAUCGUGACGCAGAGCUCGUCGAAGCAGACGAAGAAGAAGACGAAAAUGACAAUCAGAAUAACAAUUACAAGGAGAAGUCCGCCCCACCUCCACCCCCAGCUUUGCCGUCUCGCCCAGCGCAAGCGCAACCCAUAGAAACUAGUUCGAACCCCGAACCAUCCACAUCCCCCUCAUCCAACUCUAACACGGACACCAACCCCAGAGACGACGAAGACAUGGACUCCGUCUCAGUUCUCUCCACCUCGUCUAAGAGCACUCGCUUCCGCUUCCCCUCAGGUGGUUUCUCCGUUGGCAGUGGCAGCAGCAAGGUCGCCCCGUCAUUGCGUAGGCGGACGACGGGUGAGUCGAGGCGCAGUCGUAGGACAAGCGAGGUAGGCAGUUUACAUGAUGGCGAGGGGAACCUAACGCCCCAGCUUGAGCUCGAGAUACAAGGGAGUCGGAAGGAGUUGGAUACUUGGGGGGUGGGGGAUGAGGUGCAGAUGGGGUUGGAGUAA